CGUACUCGUGGUCUUUCGCAACAAUCGACCAAUCGAAACGACGUCAUCACCUCAUGCCUGAUUACAGAACUAUCGAAGCAUUUUUGCGUUUAUGAUGCUUUCUCAAAAAAAACUUCCUUCACUUGCUUGCGGCUAAAAGGCAAAAAACUACAGGGUGGAUAAAACACGAGUUGACGCCGAACACGGGACGUUUCUUCGACAGCGAGAGUGAAUAGUCAAAAUUAGUAACUAAUCAGAAGUUCGAGACCAGGGAAACAAAAAUCCACGAGGUCUAUUUGCUCCUUUAUGGUUCUUUCAAAUUUUGGAAUAAUUCAAGAUUAAAGAGACAGAGGACUGUGAUGGGAGAAGGAAAUUGGAAAGAUUGGAGACCUUUCGUCCACGGAGGUUUGGCGUCGAUAGUUGCUGAGUUAGGAACGUUUCCUUUGGACACGACGAAAACUCGCUUACAAAUACAGGGUCAAAAGCUCGAUAAGAAGCAUGCAUAUCUCAAAUAUUCUGGAAUGACUGAUGCUAUUGUACAAAUUUCCAAGCAAGAAGGAUUCAAAGCCUUGUAUUCUGGAAUCAGCUCAGCAAUUUUGAGACAAGCGACCUACGGUACGAUAAAAUUCGGAACCUACUACUCACUGCAAAAAGCGGCAAUAAAUCGAUGGGGGACCGAAGAUUUAUUUCUCACAAAUAUAAUUUGUGCAGCUGUCGCGGGUGCAAUUUCGAGUGCAAUUGCAAAUCCAACGGAUGUUGUAAAAGUUAGAAUGCAAACUGGUGCUGAGACAAAUCUCACACUUUUCGGAUGUUUUCGAGAUGUUUAUCACAACGAGGGCGUCCGUGGUUUGUGGAGGGGGGUUGGACCAACUGCUCAGAGGGCUGCUGUCAUCGCAGCAGUGGAAUUGCCGAUUUACGAUUUUAGUAAAAACCGCCUCAUCUAUAUUUUGGGAGAUAGCGUCAGUAAUCACUUUGUGUCUAGUUUCAUAGCGAGCAUGGGAAGUGCUGUCGCUUCUACACCAAUCGAUGUUGUUCGAACACGAUUAAUGAAUCAAAGAAGAGUUCGAACUACCUGUGGCCAAUUACCUUCUCAUAUUUAUUCUGGCAGUAUGGAUUGUUUUCUACAAACGAUCAAGAACGAAGGAAUGAUGGCUCUUUACAAAGGCUUUAUUCCAACCUGGUUUAGAAUGGGACCAUGGAAUAUAAUUUUCUUCAUCACCUACGAGCAACUGAAACAUCUGAAUCGAUAAUGAUAAUUAGAAUUUUGGAAUUGACUUGGAAAAUUGACGGGAGAAAAAUACAGAUAGAUAAAUCAAAAUUUUAUCUAAUAAACACGAAUCUAGAAAACUAAGAAAACUACUAAAAUAAACACUGAAAUCGAGAUCUAGACUGGAUCCAGAAUCUCGAAAAUACUCAAAAACUUCGCACUUCCAAUGAAAGUAAAAGAUUUUUAGAAACGUCAUUAAAAUUUAUAUCAACGAUCUAUUCACUUUCGUAACAAAAAAAUUAUCUAAAUGUAUACAAAAAUGUGUGAAUGUCCAAAAUCGAGGUGAAAAUACGUAUUUAGCUUAAAUAUAUGUUUAAUACUUU